GCUCAUUAUUAUGGAUCUUUCCCUCCAGAUGGAGUGCCUACAGCGACCCCAGUCACGUAUGACCUCGCCUGAAAAUCUUAUAACUCGAAUCUCGGACGGCGAGCGAGCACUUCAACACCAUGAUCCAAAAGCAUCUUGAUGGGCCCACAACACGCCUGUUUAUCCAUGCCACCAUUAUAACUGUCAAUAAAGAACGCGAGAUCUUCCUCGACGGUGCAAUCUUAGUCCAAAACAAUCGCAUUGCAGCGAUCGACAAGACCGAAGUACUGAUCUUGAAUGUCGACGACUCAACCGAGAUCAUCGAUUGCUCAGACAAGAUCAUCAUUCCCGGGCUGAUCAACACGCACGCCCACCUUGCCCAGUCUUUGUUACGGGGUCUAGCAGAAGAUCUUCCACUUCACAAUUGGCUUUGCGAUGCCAUCUGGCCGCUUGAAGCGAACUAUGCAGACGAAGAUGGCUAUACAGCUGCAAUGCUUACCAUAGCGGAGAUGCUCAAGACUGGUACAACAUGCUUCCUCGAAGCCAUGCUGACACAUCGGAGCGGACUCGACAACGUCGUACGCGCUGUGCAAGAAACCGGGAUAAGAGCCUGUCUCGGCAAACUCAUCAAAGCCGUGGAAACAAACCCCACCCUCAACCUCAAAGACGCCCGCGACCGCGACGUCUCAUCCAUGUCCCUCGCCAGCGCCCUCGCCGCCCACACCCAACACCACGGCUCCUGCGCCGACCGCCUGCACAUGUGGUUCUCAGCCGGCACACCGCGGGGCACGCCCGAGUCCGCGCACGCGGCCAUCGGCGCCGCCGCGCACGCCCACAACAUCGGACUGACCAUGCACUGCGCGGAGGCGCCACAGGACCUGCCCAUCUACCGCGCCGCGUACGGCUGCAGCCCGUUCGCGUUCUGCCAGCGCACGCAGCUGACGGGCGCGAAGAGCGUGUUUGCGCACGUGGUGCAUGCGGAUGCGGCGGCGGGCGACUUUGCGGUGCUGCGCGAGACGGGGAGUACCGUGUCGCAUAAUCCGACGAGUAAUCUCAAGCUGGGCUCGGGGGUGGCGCCGGUGCCGGAGAUGCUGGCGGCGGGUGUGAAUGUGGCGCUGGGUACGGACGGUGCGCCGUGUAAUAACACGUACGAUAUGUUUCGGGAGAUGCAUUUGGCUUCUAUUUUGCAUGGGGGAGUGCGCGAGCAGGCUGGUGUGAUCACGGCGUACCAGGUGCUUGAGUUCGCGACGAUCAACGGGGCGAGAGCGUUGGGUUUGGAGGAUCAGAUUGGCAGCUUGGAAGUCGGGAAGAAGGCGGAUAUCGUUGUGGUAGCGCCAAAGGGCGUUGGUUCUGCGCCUUGGGAUCCAGAGCAGGUGCUGAGUGGGGGAGUGGAUCCUGUCACAACGCUUAUUCACUGCUCAGGCACCGAUGUGGACUGUGUCAUGGUAGAUGGAAGAAUUGUGGUCAGUGGUGAGAAGCUAGUUGAUAUCACAGAGAAAGAAUUGGUCCAGCGGGCUAGGGUUGCGAUUAGAGGGAUACGGGAAAGAAGCGGGAUCAAAGCAAGGAAUCAUAUGGAGACGCGGUACAAAUAAGAUGG